AUGUCUCGUCUUCAAUACGACCCUGAGUUUUAUGAGCUAGGUGCUACUGCAAUGGAAGCACAAAAGCAUGUCUUUCCAGUUGGUGACGUGGAAAGUAGGAGAAAAAGAAUAGAAGAAUUCAUUCGGGGACCAGGCGCUCAACAAGCAUUACCAGAGAAUGUCGAGAUGCAGGUCCAUUCCGCUGAAGCGUCAGAUGGGUUCAAAGUGAAGAUCCUGCACUUUCGGCAGAGGAAUAGUGACCUUGAACGGCGCGGGCCUGGUAUCGUUCAUAUUCACGGGGGAGGAUACACAUGUUCUAGCGCAAGCGACUAUUCCGCAACACUAGCAGCCUACGUCUCUGCCACUGGGGUCCCCAUGCUAUCGGUUGACUACCGACUCGCUCCCGAACACCUUUUUCCCAUCCCGCUGGAGGACUGCUGGUCUGCUUUACUCCAUGUCCAGAAAAAUGUCUCUGCACUCGGCCUUGACCCAACGCGUAUCGCUAUCAUGGGUGAAAGCGCGGGAGGUGGACUGGCAGCAGCUUUGGCCAUCCUUGCUAGGGACAGGCAGUUAUCUCCUCCCCUAGCGAAACAGAUUCUCAUCUAUCCUAUGCUUGACGAUCGCACUGAGAAGGAUACGACUGGCGGUCUCGCUAUUUUCGGCUACCAAGAUAUCUUGACGGGUUGGAUGUCAUACCUGGGAGACCUUUACAAAACCGACAAAGUGCCACCAGUCGCCGCUCCGGCACGUCUAGAGGACUUCGAGGGGCUUGCUCCUCUGUAUCUCGAUUGUGGUGGGCUUGAUAUGUUUCUCCGAGAGGAUGUUGCUUAUGCUCAGCGGUUUAUCGAGGCGGAUAUUCCUACCGAGCUUCACAUUUAUGAGGGUGUUCCGCAUGCUUUCCAGCGGUUUGCACCUACUUCUGCUGUUGUAAAAAGGGCUUUUGCUAACCGCCUUGCCGCGUGCAAGAGCUUUUGA